AUGUUGCCUGAGUACAAAGGGCCAGCACCUCUCCAUUGGACCAUUCUGAACGGCGAGAAGAAGACAGGCAUGAGUCUUCAGACUUUACAUCCUAUAUCCUUUGACGAGGGCAUCAUCUUGGACCAGACCCCAUGGCCAGGAAUUGACGUCCCAGAAGAUUGUGACUAUUCAGUACUUUUGGAGAUCAUGCAGUUAUUAGGAGCAGACAUGCUUCUGAACGCUAUUAAAAAUCGCUUGUACCUGCCGCCCUACAUCGACGCUGGGUGGGCUAAGAAUGCCGCUGAUGGCAAGAAGGCAUACAAACAUGCUCCAAAGAUCGAGACCGCUCAUAAGCUCUUAUGCUUCGAAACGAUGGAUUCUUUACGCAUGGCAAGAAUGUCACGGGCAUUCGAAUCAACUUGGGCAUUUGCUGCUGUUCCCACCCGGACGUCCGAGCUCAAAAGAUUGCGUAUCAUCUUUCCAAAACCGUUCAAGAUUCUGUCGCCACCUUCAGUAUAUAUGGAUGGUAUGACUGACAUUUCAGGCAUUCCGCCAGGUUUGCCCUACUGGCCUGAUAGCGCCACCAACGAGGAAAAGGGCCGUACAGAGCAACCUUUGCUCGUCAAUACAAUUGAUGGCAAGGCCAUGUUGAUAAGUUCCAUCCAGGUCGAGGGUAGCGUGGAAAUGCCGGCAUAUAAAGCAGCUCAGAAGCAUGGAUUAAUGCCCCAGCCACGCCAUGUGAAGACGAAAGGUGUCAUCACGUUUCAUGAGUGCCUGACAGCACAGCCUUAA